AUGAUGCUGUAUGGAAUGGUUUCUCCUGAUAAAGACAGGAUUCUUUACGAUUCUUGCUAUGACAUGCUGUCCACUUUAAUGCUGUGGACCUUGACGGAUCCGUCGACUGCAACGCAACAGAUGAGUGAGGGAAGUGAACCGAAAUUCAGAUGGCCUUACUAUUCGAUCAUCAUCAAGAAGCUGAAAAAGGAAAUAGCAGAUCAAAGAGUUCCUCCCGAACUUCGUGCUCUACUACAAUUUCUGCCCAUACCAAAGAAUACUAUAUCCGUAUUUGCUAUGGAGCCAUAUGGUACGCUUUCGGCUGCUAAUGCCCAAAAAACUUCAGGGGUAAGUUUUUCACCAGUUAUGCUUUUCUGUCUACAAUUGCCAAGAGUGUUAUGGGCUAUUGACUUCAUGUUAGUCCAGGGAGCAUCUGAAAUGAGUGAUCGAUAG